AUGGCACCUGAAAUCCUAGGCGUGUCGCCUCCGACCGACAAGAAACUUGUUAAAGAAGUUGCUAUCAAGUCGUUGACUUCGCUUGACGCAAGCAGUACGACUUUAACACGAUCGAGUCUUGUGCCUUUAUUCCAGGGGAAUAGCAUUGCAAAACUCAUAGGCGUUGCCGAAGCAUAUCUUGAGAACAAUAACCCUCCCACUCAUUUCCCCGAAACAGUACCUCAGUCUGGUCCAAACGAGGGAAUAUUUGAAUGCAGGGAUGCUGAGUUCUGGACGUGUGGGUUCUUCCCAGGCAGUCUUUACUGCCUUCUAGAAAGACUGAGAAAGUACCCCAGACCAUGCUUGCUUGGGGUCUCCUCGGACUCGCCAGUACCUGAGGAGUUCCAUGAGCAUCUUCUUUCCCAUCUUGCAAGUCUUUGUCACAAAUGGUCGGCACCCUUACACCCUAUGUCCGCUCGGAAGGAUACCCAUGAUCUUGGAUUCAUUGUUCAGCCUGCUGUUCGAAGAGACUGGGAGCUCUUUGGCCGGCAGGAUAGCUUGAACUCCCUACCUGCUGCCGCUGAAAGUCUUGCCAGCAGGUAUGAUGAGCGUGUUGGAGCCAUCCGCAGCUGGGACAGCUUCACAAAUGCACACCAUAACAUUACCAGCAUGGAAGAUGACUUCCUUGUGAUCAUCGACAGCUUGUGUAACCUUGAUCUUCUCUUCUAUGCCGGCAACUACACGCGAUCAUCCCGCCUCAUUUCUAUCGCUUCCACCCACGCUACUACCCUUCUUUCCACACAUCUUCGCCAGGAAAGCGUACCAAGUAAAGGCAAAUGCUAUUCAACCUACCACGCAGCAAAUUUCUCCCCAACCAAUAACGGGGCCAUUAAAAGAAAGCUUACUGCUCAGGGUUACUCCGACAGCUCAACAUGGGCCCGGGGACAAGCGUGGGAAAUUCUAGGCUACGCCCAAACAUAUUCCUGGACGAAGGAGCGGAAAUUCCUAGAUGCUGCGAUAGGUCUAUCAGAAUACUUUAUUUACCGUAUGGAAUCCUCCGCCAACGUGGUUGAGGCAGGAGGUUAUGGGCAAUACGUGCCUCUGUGGGACUUUGACGCACCGAUCACGUACACUACCGUCAAUGGCGCACAAGCUCCAUUGAGAGAUGUCUCCGCUGGGAUGGUUGCUGCCAAUGGAAUGGUUGUUCUGUAUGGACAGCUCAUGGGGAUUGGGGAAUACGAGUCUGCCUGUCGUUAUUUGGACCUUGCAAUGGCUAUUGCAAAGGACACGAUUGCACUGGCCUAUAACCGCGAUGAAAUGCGAUUGAGAUUCGAUGAGGAGAGCGGGAAGAUCAGAGUUGAUCCUUUGCAGGGAACCAAUGGUCGUCGGUUUGAUGCGAUUUUGGAAAGAUCGACCGCAAACUUCAACGAGAACCAUCCGGAUCGAGACUGGGAUCAUGGUCUGGUGUAUGCGGAUUACUACUUUUUAGAACUCGGAAAUCGCCUGCUGGAGAUGGGUUUGGUUUAA